AUGAAAUUAUUCAACGACACAGAUGGUCAUUCAAAAUUAAAUUUGACUUCAAAUCAAUUAAAGGACAUGGAAAAGUUUGUAGUGACAGUGACAGUUAAACAAAGUUCUAGAAAAGGCGUAAAACAGUUUGAUCAUGAGAUAAUGAAAAUUAACGUGGAUUCUUGUAAAAUAUCUAAAGGGGCUUUCCGAAAUUUUUUUAUAAACGCUGUUUAUGAUGCAAUUAAAGAGGUUUCAAACUUCAGAUUGUCAUGUCCACAACUUAAAGGAAAUUUUUAUACUAGAAAUUUACCCAUGAUCGACAAUUUUCCAUUUUCAGAAAAGUUUCUAAUGGAAAGAUCUACUGGAGAUUUUGAAAUCUCUUCUGUUAUUCGAGGAAAACCAUACAAUAUGAAAAAAUCCGACAAUGUCUGUAAUCAGUUUUGUAAUUGA